CACCUGAUUGGGUAUAAUCCUUCAUCCUGAGUGAUGAUGAGCAGGAUGUCGCCAAGCACCGCUCUGUCUGGGCGGCCUCAAGCACAGUAGCGCCAGUCGGACUGCACGAGACAGAGAGCGCCGCCAGCCUUCAGUUGGGAACGGACAGCAGCUGCGCAGUCACUGCAAAGAUAAACCUCACAUCUCUAACGGCACAAACCGGCGAUCCAUGGAAUUACCAUCAGUUAGUUCAUACAGUAUUUAGUUACAAGAGCGUGAGAUACUACAUUAGUUUAGCCUGUUUUACAUCCAAGCCGAAGGUCGGAAACGCAGCAAAAAUUCUAUCAGAGGAGUCUAGGAUCCCGUUUUCAGCGACCGUCCUCACCGCGCCCCUUCGGUCGCUCGUCAUCCAGGAGGAAGAGAGGUAGACUGUUUGAAGAAGCUCCAAGUCCGGAGGACGACAAAGGGAGGAGGAGACUGGGCUGAAGUUUGGGAAGAGCAAGUCAGAGAAGAAGCCAGCUUGACCACAGCAGACAGAGGAAAGGACUGGAGCAGGAGAGGAGGAAGAGAGGGGGGAGAAACGGGGGAGAGAGGAGGUUGCAUUAGCAAUGCUAGGUUGAGGAUCUGGGUGCUCAUAUUAAAUCUUUGAUGCUAGUCCUGGUAGUUGGAUGCUAGUCCUGCUGGUUGGAUGCUAGUCCUGGUAGUUGGAUGCUAGUCCUGCUGGUUGGAUGCUAGUCCUGCUGGUUGGAUGCUAGUCCUGCUGGUUGGAUGCUAGUCCUGGUGAGCCCCAGCAGGUCCCUGCUCCCUCAGAGAUGGCCUCCAACUUCAACGACAUCGUCAAGCAGGGCUACGUCCGCAUGCGUAGCCGCAAACUGGGGAUCUACAGACGCUGCUGGCUGGUCUUUAAGAAGUCGUCCAGUAAAGGACCUCGCAGACUGGAGAAAUACCCAGAUGAGAAAUCAGCCUACAUCAGAUCCUUUCCCAAGGUGACAGAGAUCAGCAAUGUGAAGAAUGUCACCCGGUUGCCACGGGACACCAAGCGUCAGGCGGUGGCAAUUGUCUUUACAGAUGACACAGCGCGAACCUUUACCUGUGAAUCAGAGCUCGAGGCGGAGGAGUGGUUCAAGACCCUGUCAAUCGAGUGCCUGGGGACCCGCCUUAAUGACAUCAGCAUGGGAGAACCAGAUCUGCUGGCCGCAGGGGUGCAGUGUGAGCAUACAGAGCGUUUCAAUGUGUUCCUCCUGCCCUGCCCCAACUUGGACAUCUAUGGGGAGUGCAUGAUGCAGAUCACCCAUGAGAACAUCUACCUGUGGGACAUCCACAACCCUCGCACCAAGCUGGUCACCUGGCCACUCUGCUCGCUGCGGAGAUACGGACGAGACGCCACACGCUUCACCUUCGAGGCGGGACGUAUGUGUGACAGUGGCGAGGGUCUGUAUACGUUCCAGACCAGAGAGGGCGAGCAGAUCUACCAGAGGGUUCAUUCUUCCACCCUGGCCAUCGCUGAGCAGCACAAACGAGUCCUCAUGGAGAUGGAGAAGAACAGCCGACUGUUGUCCAAGGGUUCGGAGCCAGGCUCGUACCCCUGCACACCCACUGCCAUCCUGCCACGCAGCGCUUUCUGGCACCACAUCACUGGCACCCAGGGUGGCAUGGAGCCCAGCAACGGUGACCUGUACAGCAGCUCCCAGUCUGGCGCAGAAGCAGACCUGCUCUCCACCCGCCAUGCCACCCUGCCCCUGGCACACAGCCGCCACUCCCCUGCCCACUACCCCACCUACCCCGGUCAAUGAGGUGGGGGGUGGGACUUUCAUCUUACUCCCCCAUGUCCCCUCAACCACCUCCCCUACUCUGCUCCCUGCGCUUCUUCCACUGGAUAGUCUCCUUAGAGCCACACCCUUUUAUCCAACCCCUCCAGCCUAUCAGGGUGGGGGAUUGAGGUGUGGGCGGUCCGUAAAGGAACCAAUACGACACCUUUUAGAUCUUUGAAGCAAGUAGUGAAGGUUGAAGUUGUACCUUCAGGACGCUGCUUUCCAAAGAACUCACACUCCCAUAAUCCCUCAGUGUGGAGGGCGAAGUAUAUUGUGCAACCCAGCAGAUGGUUGUUGUAGUACUCUGCUGAGUGUAGUUACUCUGUGAGGUGACCCUUUAGAGGGUUACCUCUCUAUGUCUGUCUAUGCAUGGGCUUUGGAGCUGGAAAAACUGCUGUAGUAUGACCAGAAGAUGGAGCUGGGAGCAACUCGAAAUCUUAGAAGAAACAAACUUUUCAAACAGGAGUUGCUUCCUGGUCCUCAGACUCCAUUUUAGACAGGCAUCUCCAUGGAUCUCUGUCACUUCUUAGAAAGCUUCAUUCCAGGGGUUCAGGACCAAUUCUACAGCCUCUGCCAAGCUCCUGGUAGAUGUUUGGAGAAGGAUGGACAGACCUGUGUCUCCUGCUUUCCAGCCUCCAGCAUGAGAAUGAACAUGGCCGCAGCCUCUCGCUCCAACAGAACCUCAACCUGACACACACGUCUGUAGGACCCCCUCCCCCCUCCCUCCUCCUCCUCCUCCUCCCCCUCCUCCUCCUCC